AUGGGCCCCAACAAAGCCCAACUCCUACUCACAAUCCUCAGCCUACUACACUCUCUCUCCUCCCAAGCCCAAAACCUACAGACCUACAUAGUCCAGCUCAACCCGGCCGUUUUUUCCGGCUCAAAUUUCCCCUCCAAACACCACUGGCACCUUUCCGUACUCGACCAAUCCCUCUCUCCCGACAAACACCACUCCUCUUCCCGCCUUAUUUACUCCUACGAGUCCGCCAUCGAAGGCUUUGCGGCCCAACUCACCCCACCCGAGGCCCACACUUUGAAAACCUCCAAACACGUCAUAUCAGUCAAACCCGACCGGAAUCUCCAAAUCCACACCACAUACUCCUACAAGUUCUUGGGCCUGAGCCCAACUGAACAAAACGGGGCCUGGGUCAAAUCCGGCUUCGGCCGGGGCUCCAUAAUCGGCGUCCUCGACACCGGCAUCUGGCCCGAGAGCCCGAGCUUCGACGACCGCGGAAUGCCACCUGUCCCCAAGAAGUGGCGAGGCGUAUGCCAGGCUGGACAGGGCUUCGAAAAAUCAAGCUGCAACCGGAAGCUCGUCGGGGCCCGUUUUUUCAGCCGGGGCCACCGCGUGGCCUCGUCAGCGCCAUCGCCCGAGGCCGUGGCUGAGUACAAUUCGCCUCGAGACUCGCACGGCCACGGGACCCACACGGCCUCCACUGCAGCGGGCUCCCCUGUCCAGUCAGCAGGGGUUCUCGGGUUUGGGCCUGGAGUGGCCCAAGGGAUGGCGCCGGGGGCCCAUUUAGCCGUCUACAAGGUGUGCUGGUUCAGUGGGUGCUACAGCUCGGAUAUUUUAGCGGCAAUGGACUCGGCUAUUAAAGACGGGGUCGACGUGCUGUCGCUCUCGUUGGGCGGGUUUCCGGUGCCACUUUACGAAGACACGAUAGCUAUCGGGAGUUUUCGGGCCGUGGAGCACGGGAUAUCAGUCGUGUGCUCGGCCGGGAAUAACGGGCCGGUUCAGAACUCGGUGGCGAACGAGGCUCCGUGGAUAGCGACUAUAGGGGCGAGCACGCUCGAUCGCAAAUUCCCGGCCGUUGUUCGGCUCGGCAACGGGGAGUAUUUGUACGGAGAGUCCAUGUACCCUGGGAAAAUACUCGGGCCCAACCGGAAGGAGCUCGAGCUGGCUUACCUGACGGGAGGAGACAAAGGGAGCGAGUUUUGCUUACGGGGUUCUCUACCCAAGUCGAAGGUGGAGGGCAAAAUGGUCAUUUGCGACAGGGGGGUGAACGGGCGGGCCGAAAAGGGACAGAUCGUGAAGGAAGCCGGUGGGGCAGCCAUGAUUUUGGCCAACACCGAGAUCAACUUGGAGGAGGACUCGGUUGACGUUCAUGUCCUUCCAGCUACGUUGAUAGGGUUCGAUGAGUCAUACAGGUUGAAAAUGUACGUGAACUCGAGCCGAAGCAGGCCAAAGGCACAGAUAAUUUUCGGUGGGACGGUGAUCGGGAGAUCGAGGGCGCCUAAAGUGGCCCAGUUCUCGUCUCGAGGCCCGAGCUUCACGGACCCGUCGAUCCUGAAGCCCGAUUUGAUCGCGCCGGGUGUCAACAUAAUCGCUGCGUGGCCUCAAAACUUGGGCCCCAGCGGCCUUCCGGAAGAUUCCAGAAGGGUGAACUUUACGGUCAUGUCCGGGACAUCCAUGGCGUGUCCCCACGUGAGUGGAGUGGCGGCCUUGAUACGCUCCGCCAACCCUAAGUGGACCCCGGCUGCAGUAAAAUCUGCAAUUAUGACUACGGCUUAUUUAACCGAUCGAACGGGAAAACCGAUUUUCGACGGUGAUAAGCCCGCCGGGCUUUUUGCAACCGGGGCAGGCCAUGUGGACCCCGGGAGAGCUAUUGAUCCGGGAUUGGUGUACGAUAUUAGUCCGGAGGAGCACGUAACUCACUUAUGCACGCUUAGAUACACUAAAUCGGACAUAUUUAGCAUUACUCACAGGAACGUGAGCUGUCGGGAGCUUUUGAGGAAGAAUAAAGGAUUCAGCCUCAACUACCCCUCGUUUUCGGUGAUUUUCAGAAAAGGAGAGAGAAAAAAGAUGGAGAGGAGAGUUUUGACGAACGUUGGGAAGCCUAAUUCCAUUUACUCGCUGGAAUUGAAGGCGCCCGAGGGAGUCAGCGUGAGGGUUAGACCAAGACGCUUGGUUUUCAAGCGUAUAAAUCAAACUUUGAGUUAUAGAGUUUGGUUCAUGUCGAAGAAAGGUCAGCGGAGAAAGAGUACGGUGUUCGGACAAGGGCACUUGGAGUGGGUGGAAAGAACCGAUUCUUACAGGGUCCGGAGUCCGAUUUCGGUUACAUGGACAUCGACAAAAUGA